UGUCCGCUUCUUACGCCCCAACCCCGCAGCAUCUUCUUUCUCUACCCUUUCCCACUUUCUCUCCCUCCAUUUUCCCGGAAAAUAAUCCAAUGGCCGAGAAAAGCAAAAUUCUGAUCAUCGGCGGAACGGGCUACAUCGGAAAGUACGUAGUGGAAGCGAGCGUCAAGCUCGGUCACCCUACCUUCGUUGUGGUCAGAGAAAGUACACUUUCCGAUCCCGUUAAAGGGAAACUCAUUAAGAGCUUCGAGGAUACUGGCGUCACCGUGCUCCAUGGAGAUUUGAACGAUCACGAGAGUUUGGUUAGGGCGAUAAAGCAGGUGGAUGUGGUGAUAUCAACGGUCGGCUCCUUGCAGUUAGCAGAUCAAGUUAAGAUCAUUGCCGCCAUUAAGGAAGCCGGAAACGUCAAGAGGUUCUUGCCCUCGGAGUUCGGAAACGAUGUGGACCGAGUGAAUGCGGUGGAGCCGGCCAAAUCCGCGUUUGCGUUGAAGGCCCAAAUCCGGAGAGCUGUUGAAGCCGAGGGUAUUCCCCACACCUAUGUAUCUUCAAACUUCUUUGCUGGCUAUUUCCUCCCCACAUUGGCACAACCAGGGCUGACUUCUCCACCAAGAGAAAAAGUGAUCAUCCCUGGUGAUGGAAAUCCCAAAGCAAUACUCAAUGAGGAGCAUGACAUUGGCACCUAUACCAUCAAAGCUGUGGAUGAUCCAAGGACAUUGAACAAGAUCGUAUACAUCAGGCCUCCCAACAACAUCUACUCAUUCAACGAGCUUGUUUCUUUGUGGGAGAAGAAGAUUGGCAAGACCCUUGAGAGACUCUAUGUUCCAGAAGAGCAAAUCCUCAAGCAAAUCCAAGAGUCUCCAAUCCCAAUCAACAUAAUACUAGCAAUCAACCACUCGGUUUUUGUGAAGGGAGACCAGACCAACUUUGAGAUCGAGCCAUCUUUUGGAGUUGAGGCGUCUGAGCUUUACCCAGAUGUCAAGUACACCACCGUAGAUGAAUAUCUUGACCAGUUUGUCUGAGCCUGAAGUAAACUCUCGAGUUGCUGUCUAAAAUACACGAAGCCAUACUAUUAUGCACGGAAUUAACUGAAACCUUAUAGAGGUCUUCUCCACUAUUACUAAAAUAAACUCUUGAGUUGCUUGGUUUCAAUCGCUAAAUGCAAGUAGAUGCAACUCUGAUUGUGUUUGGUUGAAGGUUGGAAUGGAGGCCUUUCUUCCCUGGUGUUGCUUCAA